AUCCUCCCUGACGCAAUUCACCCUUACCACAAUCCCCACUGAGACCAUCUGUCAUGAAUCCCUCGGAGCGGACGAAAGAGGCGCUUUUAGCUAAAACAGAAACGCUAUGUACCUCGAUCGUCGAUAACCGGAAGAAUGAUCCCUGGGGCGGUAACGGUUACCUGUCUACUAUCCUCCGCGCCGUCAAGUUGCAGGAUGCCACCGAUUACUCUGCCGACGAGACGACUGAGUUUCCGCCUGCAUUGGAUUAUGCGACGUCUGCGCAGCGUGAGCUGUUGAUCCGGGAACAGAGUGCUGCACUGAUCAAAACCGCACAAGAUAUAUCCACCCUCGUCCGCGACCUACAAGAGCUCUGGCUCUUCGGCGGCCUAGAUACUCUGUCCGACCCCGCAGACGAAGAAGCAAAUCGCAAGAAGGCGGUCGCGGUCGCAGAGAUGAUUGAGGCGUUGGCGAAGCAGAGUCCUGCUGGUUCCGGACAAAACGGCGUGGACGCCGCAAACGCGGAGGGGGUAAACGGGGCAGGGGAGUGAUGCACCGGCCUUGAAUUUAUAAGAGAGUUUUUUUCCUGUGAUACCCAAUGUAGAGCUUUGAGUCGUAGUUCACAUCACAUACACUAGAAUGAAGAGGUGGUGAU